GUAAUCACAGGACGCCGGGCAGACAGAAGGCAGUCGUCUCGGCAGACAGCAGCGCCACUCGAUCGCCAGGACACCAUGAAGGCCCUCCCCAUCGUCGUCCUCCUGGUGCUGGCGGGGUGCGUGACGACGGCCCUGGCCCGGGCCGCCAACGCCAGCCUGGAGCAGGACGCCGCCACCGGCCCCGGGGCUGCAGCGGACCACUCCGUCGAGGAGGACGAUGACGGCGACGUCGACUUCCCCGAGGAGCAGGGCCUGCAGCAGGCCGCCGCGCCGCCGCCGCCGCGCCGGGCCCUGCCCACCCCCGUGUCCGUCUACGUCCUCAGGCUGCUCGAGAUCCUCACCGGCGCCGAGACCUUCGGCAAGCACACGCGCUUCGCCAGGGCCGUCGACGGCUACCCCGACGCGAUCGACCCCCCGGAGGCCCCGCGCGCCAACACGGCCGCCUCCUACUCCAACUACUACGACUUCCUCAUCAACGAGGGCUCCUACAAGUUCUGGGCCGUGUUCCAGAUCGGCACGGCCGUCCUGCUGACGUACUCGGCCUUCGCCGCGCUGUACUACGCGCGCUACACGUACUACACCAACGUGGACUACACGGACUACGACGACUACUUCUUCAGGCGGUCGGGCAACAGCCGGUCGCAGAGGUCGGCGGAGAAGCCCUUCGCCGGCCUGUCGCCCGCCGAGUACCAGAGGGUCAUGGACGCCGCCGACAAGAAGUUCGAGUCCACCGCCAAGACGUCAUCAUCGCCGUCGUCGUGACGGCCCCGCGGGCGUCGGCCGGCCGCGUUGCUGCUGCCAGCGCCAGGUUGCCCCGUCUCCGUCCGGAACCACCGCACCGCGCACCGCGGGCGCCGCCGCACGGAGAGGGAGGGCAACCCGACCGCACCUGCCGCAGCGCGGCCGGGCACCAGCAGGGGGGCGCCGCUGCCCGGCUGGCCCGGCACGAGGGGUGUCCACCACGUACCUGAGCUCCUCCCUCGCGGCCGACUGUGCCGAGGCAAACAACAAUAAAACUCCUGGAAAAUAAUA